GUUUUGUGUGGGAGACAAAUUUUUCCUAAAGAACAACAUGAUUCUGUGCCAGACGGACUAUGAAGAGGGGCUGAUGAAGGAGGGCUACUCCCCGCAGGUUCGCUGACGGUUCCCAGCAGACGUGGAGGAAGAGGAGGAGCGGGAUGAAGAGAGAGCCUGAAGGAGAGCAAGAAAUCACACAACAAAAUGCACUAUUGCCUCCUGUCCAGCUCCUGCUCCGACAUGUACAGAAACAACCAGGCCUGUGUGUGGGGACACUCUGCUGUACAGAACAACCACCAGCAGGUUCUGAGUGUAAAUACCAUUUUUAUAUUUGGUUGUUUCUGACAGAUGCUGCCUCACCUGRUGACAAAAACAGGCCCUGAGAUGUGGGGGUGGGCUGUAGGACGAUAUCAGAUUGUUAAAGCUUCCGAUACGUUGAUCUGCCGAAGCAGACAGAUCAUAGAGCCAUCUGUUGUAGAGCAAUGAUUUCCACAGAAUCACAGAAAUACCCUAAAAAUUUACUUUAAAACACAUAACGUUAUAAAUCCCAUGAAUAUGUGGACCUUUCUUCAUAAUUUACAGAUGUGGAUAAGUUUGUUGGUGUCCUUUCACAAUAAUCAAAAAGCAUAACUGAUGUGACCGACUGUAAAGAUCCAGUUUUGUCUCAUCGGUCCCAGAAACUUUGGUGCUCGUCAAAAUGCAUUUUGAAAAAUUCUAGUCUGUCUUUUUUAUGUCCUGAUGCAUCUCAGUGAUCCAGGUAGAACAAUUCAAAAAGAAAAAAUAAGUAGGUCCUCUG